AUGGCAGCGAACAUCUUACAGCUCCCCUUCCGGCGUACACAUCAUGUCUCCCUCUCAGGAGCCAUCCGGCAGUACAUAUCUACCAAAUAUGAGCAGCAUCCAGAGAUGUUCAAGGAGGAUCUUCAGCUCAUUGAUGGCAUGCGAGAAGAGGCUAUCUCUGUGCAAGAGCCACAUAUCAGCGGCAUCAGGCGGUUAACUGCGUAUGCAGCGCAGUUACGAUGGAUUGGCGGGAAGUUCCCAAUCGACAUCGGGAUUGACUUCCCAUGGUACCCUGCUCUGGGGUUCAAUACUGCUACGCCAGUACUACAGAAUAAUAUACGAUUCGAACUGGCGAACAUACUGUACAAUCUGGCUGCUCUAUAUUCCCAGCUCGCCUUCUCGACGAACAGAAACUCAAGUGAUGGACUGAAGACUGCAAGCCAGUACUCGAGUGCUGCUGCUGGAGUACUUGCCUUUCUUAAAACCGAGGUGAUUCCUGACAUGCGAUCGACACCACCAGAAGAUAUGGAUGAGAUGACGCUAGAGUGCCUGGAACAGCUCUGUCUAGCGCAGGCGCAAGAGUGCUUUUGGCAGAGGGCGGUGAAAGACAAGAUGAAGGAUGCGACGAUAGCUAGGCUUGCUGCAAAGGUAUCAGACUUUUAUUCCGCCGCUGCAGACUGGGCUAUCAAAUCGGAUGCUAUCAGCACAGAAUGGAUUCACCAUUUUGACGCCAAGCACCAUCAUUUUGCCGCAGCUGCGCAGUACCGACAGUCUCUCGAUUGUCUCGAGAAGCGAAAGUAUGGUGAAGAGGUGGCCAGGCUCCGGGACAGUCUUGCCUGCGUUAAUGAGGCUCUGAAAGAAUCAAAAUGGGUCAAUCGAACCGUCCUUGGAGACAUGAAUGGACUGAAGAGCAAAGUCAUGGAAGAUUUGAAAAGAGCAGAAAAGGACAACGAUAUUAUCUACCUGCAGCCCGUCCCACCAAAAUCAGAAUUGAAGAUGCUGGACCGGGCAAACAUGGUGGCUGCAAAAACGCCAAAGGAAGUCCAAGACGGUAUAUCCAUGCUGGGUGAAGGGCUUCCUUUCGGGCGGCCUUUGUUUGCCAAAUUAGUGCCAUAUGCAGUACAUGUUGCUGCAAGCAUAUAUGUUGAGCGACGAGAUCGGCUGGUCAAUCAAGGUAUUGUUGCCGAGCUGGACGCUAUGACUGCCAGGCUACGUGAGCUGUUAUCUUCUUUAAACCUUCCGGGCUCCCUGCAGGCGCUGGAAAAACCACUUGGGCUACCACCAAGUUUGGUGUCCAAGGCCGAAGAGCUUAGACAGCAGGAUGGCGAGUACCGGCUGAAAAGAUCGAUGGAGGAUACUUCGAAGCUCAAAGCGAACGAUCAGGCGAUAUACGCCGAGGGUGUGGAGCUACUGAAGGCCGAGAAAGCAGAAGACGACAAAGCCAGAGCCAAGUACGGCACGGACAGUUGGUCCCGACAGCCUUCUGAUCUGGCAGGUCAAAAGUUGUGGGCCCAGUCCACUGAAAUCGAGGGCUACCUCAAAUCUGCGGCAAGCAGUGAUGAUCUGGUCCUGAAAAAGAUGCGAGAGUCAGAAAGAGUCCUGAAGGUGUUGACAGGGACAAGUCGAGAGCUUGAAUCCUAUGUGCCGAGCUCUAGACGAGCGACCAUGACGCCACAAAUAGAGCGUGAGGUUAGCCGAUUACGCACGUGUUUAAACGAGGUAACUCGACUAGAAUCACGACGAAAGCGGAAGAUAGAGGCAUUAAGAGAAAAGGCUAGGUCGGAUGACAUCAAUCCUGCUCUGCUAAAGGAGACGGGUCGCCUGGAGCGCGAGUUUCCUAUGCAGAAAAUAGAGCCUGCACAGUUCGAAGAUCUGUUUGAAGAGCGGCUACAAGACUAUGAGGUUGAUCGGGAGAUGCUCAUGAAGGAGCAAGAAGACCAAGACGGAAUUGUCAGCAGAUUGCAAGAUGCCAAUGCUGCCUUUGUAAAUGCAAGAAAAGGGGAUUCGUCGACAAAAGAACGAGAACAAGCCCUACAGGAGCUGGAGAACGGAUAUCUUAAGUACAAGGAGAUCAUUUCGAAUCUGGACGUUGGUCGAAAGUUUUAUAACGACCUGGCAAACAUAGUCGCACGCUUCAGGGACUCCUGCAAAGCCUUUGUCAAUCAACGGCGUAUGGAGGCCAGCCAUCUCGAGUCGGAAAUCUCGACUUCAGCCAUGUCAGCAAUGAGGAUUCACGACACGAGCGCCACAUUACAGCGACAAAAGCAUCACGAAGCAUCAAGACCUCCACCUCCUCAAUCUUUAGAACAAGAACCACUUACAGCGCCUCAACCAACUCGCGCGUCUAUUGUCCCUCCCGGCCCUACUGCUGGCAUGUGGACACCUGAAAUGGGGAUCAAAUUUGGCCCUCCAGCACAGGGUAGCCAUAAUCCUCAUGUUGCGCCAUAUCCGCAAGCGAGACCGAACAGCAACGCUCCCUGGGAUCAAUCCCGCCCAAGGUUCACGUGA